AAUCUCUGCUCUCUCAGUCUUCGGCUUCUCCCUCCAAGCUUGAAGCUUUUGAGCAAUUUCAACAAUGGCGUCGAUUUUAUCAAAGAAGCUAAAAAAGCACUCGCUGAAAGAGCUAAAAACCCUGGGGCAACAACUGCUAUCAUCAAGAACACACAUAAAUAACUUGCCUUUGCUCCUCACAUUCAUCUCUCCGACGUCGCCGCCGCAGCACCUUCUUGAAUCGCUCCUCUCUCUUCAGUCUUUCUUCACUCCUGUUUUGCCGCAGCUUCCUGCCAGUUCUUCGAAGAGAAGAAAAAACGAAGACUCCGCGAAGGAUGACCCUGAGUUUAUUUACAAAACGUGGCUCCGUUCCAAGUUCGAUGAGCUCGUUAAGUCGCUUGUUCAAGUUUUACUUGCGCCGCAAACAGAGGAUGCUUUGAGAGAGGUUGUGCUGGACACUCUAAUGGAGUUUGUGAAAUUGGGGAAUAAUGGAAGAUUUCAUUCCGCGAUAUACCAUAAGUUGCUUCAUUCUAUUGUCCACUCAACGGAGUCUAUUGAUUUUGUGACAGAUUUGCUUGCGUCAAAGUAUUUCAAGUACACUGACAUUCGGUAUUUUACCUAUAUCAGUCUAGAAAAGCUUGCUAGCACUUUGGAGGCAAAAGAUAUUUCCGAUGACAAAACUGUGAGUACAGAUGGCAAUGCUGAGAGUAAUCCAAGAGGAAGCAUAGAGCUUUCUAUUCACAAGAUACAUUAUAUUAUAGCAAGUAUUCCAUCACCAGAGAGCAAUACAGAAACAAUUCAACAUCAAAUGUGGAGUGGAUCGGGAUUUUCAUCCAAGGAAGGCAAUCUUAAAGCAGGUUUGGAGCUGUCAGAAGCUGAAAAUAAAAAGCUCAAGACUGAGAAACAAGACAAUGAUGUUUUGUCUGCUGCCACCCUUGCCAAAAAGAUGAAACUGAAAUUCACCAAGGCUUGGAUUUCAUUUCUUAGGUUACCACUUCCAGUUGAAAUAUACAAAGAGGUUCUUGUUACCCUCCACCAGGCAGUUAUCCCUCAUCUGUCUAAUCCCCUCAUGUUAUGCGACUUCUUAACUAGAUCAUAUGACAUUGGUGGUGUUGUGAGCGUCAUGGCUCUUAGCAGUCUCUUCAUUCUCAUGACACAACAUGGUUUAGAGUACCCCAACUUCUAUGAAAAGCUUUAUGCCCUGUUGGUACCUUCUAUCUUUAUGGCAAAACAUAGGGCCAAGUUUUUUCAGCUUCUUGAUUCUUGCCUGAAAUCACCACUUCUUCCAGCAUAUAUGGCUGCUGCUUUUGCAAAGAAAUUAAGUAGGCUAGCACUUUCUGUCCCGCCUUCAGGAGCAUUGGUUAUUAUAGCAUUGAUUCACAACCUUUUGCGGAGGCAUCCUUCAAUCAACUGUUUGGUGCAUCGGGAAGAUGGCAAUGAAACUGAAAGAGAUGAUUCUAAAGCUGAGAAGGAGAGUUCUGAUGGUGCAGAAGACUCUAAAACCGUGACAAAGAUGUCUAGCAGAAAACCUGGCAUCGAUCAUUUCAACAAUGAGGAGAGUAAUCCUGUAAAGUCUGGUGCCAUGAGAAGUUCACUAUGGGAAAUUGACACUCUUCGGCACCACUACUGCCCACCUGUAUCAAGGUUUGUUUUAUCACUGGAGAAUGAUUUGACGGUUAGAGCCAAAACCACUGAAAUCAAUGUUGCAGAUUUUAGUUCUGGUUCAUAUGCAACAAUAUUUGGAGAUGAGAUUAGGCGAAGGGUUAAACAGGUCCCAUUGGCAUUCUACAAGAUGACGCCCACCUCUUUGUUUUCGGAUGCAGAUUUUGCCGGGUGGACAUUUAAAUGUGACAACAUGAAGGAAAAUUGUACUCGGAAUGAGGAGAUGAAUGUCACAAACAUUUCUGAAGAAAAUGAUGACGCUAGUUCAAAACGGCAGCGAACAGAAUGAAGCAUGAACUGCAUUUUUUACCUGACAAGGAAAAUAGAAGAUCAAUUUUGUAGCCUAUGAAAAGUUUUCAGUUCUUUUAUUUCCAGAGAUGUAGUUGUAAUUUUAUUUCCAUUCCCGUUACCCAUAGAACAUCUGUAAAUGCGAUAUCAAAAGGGUUUGAAGAAAUUGUAUCUAUAAUUUAUAGAAAUUGAUUAAGAGGGGAGCCAACUGUGCUGCA